UCAAGAGCUUUCAACACCAAGAGCUGUGGGCAGCUACUUAUGCAAGAGAAGAGGAUUCGGAGGCGCAGCACCUUCUGUACUUGACAGAGGCAGCAUCUUUACAGCAAAGCAGUACGGUGUCCAGUCAGUCCUUCAGGAAAAAAGAAAAGUCCGAGGACCUUUGGUUAGCUCAUUGGGGGAAACCUCGAAAGAAUCCAGCUUUGGAGAGACACGCGUCCCUGCCGCCUAACAGGUGUCUCUGCUUGGCAAGGUGUUCUUUCUUGCUCCAAAGUGGCUGGUAAAAGCACAGUUCCUCCUGCCAAUGGUUGCUUCCAUUGUAGUCAUGGGAGGCUGAAGCGUCUUCAAGGAGGGCAUUGAAUCCACCUUUUGGGUUGGUCUGAUCUCUCCCCCAGUAACAUCUUCGACUGCUCACGUCUGGUUCUGCAGCUGUCAGCAAAUGAUAGGCCACCUAAGAUCUUUGCUUUGAUUAGGGUGGCCUGGUGGUUCAGAGAAGGUACUACAAUGGCCUUCUCUGCCACCCUAUGGAUUCUGCUGGUCUAUCCUAUGGUAUGCCAUGCCAGUAUUCACCAUCCCAGCUACAAUGUGGCACCCAAGAAGGAGAUCAGCUUGGAAGGUGACUUGGUUAUUGGAGGCCUGUUCCCAGUUCAUGAGAAAGGUGGACCUGCAGAGGAUUGUGGCAAGAUCAACGAACAUCGUGGUAUCCAACGCCUUGAGGCAAUGCUGUUUGCCCUAGAUGAGAUCAACAAGGACCAACGUAUUCUGCCGGGCAUCAAGCUUGGGGCACAUAUUCUAGACACCUGUUCCAAGGACACCUAUGCCUUAGAACAGUCUUUAGACUUUGUCCGUGCCUCCCUCACUAGAGUGGAUGGUUCUGAGCACAUCUGCCCUGAUGGAUCUUAUGCCAUUCAUGAUGAUGUACCUACAGCUAUUACAGGGGUCAUUGGCGGCUCCUACAGUGAUGUCUCCAUCCAGGUGGCUAACUUACUGCGACUGUUCCAGAUCCCUCAGAUCAGCUAUGCCUCCACCAGUGCCAAGCUCAGUGACAAGACUCGCUAUGAUUACUUUGCUCGCACCGUCCCACCAGACUUCUAUCAGGCGAAGGCUAUGUCUGAGAUCCUGCGGUUCUUCAACUGGACCUACGUUUCCACAGUAGCCUCAGAAGGUGACUAUGGAGAAACAGGCAUCGAAGCUUUUGAACUGCAAGCCCGGGCCCGCAACAUCUGCAUUGCCACCUCUGAAAAAGUGGGCCGAUCCAUGAACAAGAAGACUUUUGAUGGGGUGAUUAAGGCACUCUUGCAGAAGCCCAGUGCAAGAGUGGUGGUUCUGUUCACCCGAAGUGAAGAUGCCCGGGAACUUUUGGCAGCUGCUCAGAGGAUCAAUGUGUCCUUCACCUGGGUGGCCAGUGAUGGCUGGGGUGCCCUUGAGAGCGUAGUGGCGGGUAGUGAGCCAGUAGCUGAUGGGGCCAUCACUAUUGAACUGGCAUCCUAUCCGAUACAAGAGUUUGCCGUCUAUUUCCGGAACCUAGAUCCCUACAACAACAGCCGAAAUCCUUGGUUUCGGGAGUUCUGGGAACACAAGUUUCAGUGCAGCUUCCACCACCAAAACUGUAGCCACUUCUCCUUGAAGACAGGCAAGUUUGAGCAGGAAUCUAAGAUUAUGUUUGUCGUCAACGCAGUCUAUGCAAUGGCACAUGCCCUUCAUAACAUGUAUCAAGCUCUCUGCCCCAACGCCACCAAGCUUUGUGACUCCAUGAAGCCGGUAAAUGGCAAGAAGUUCUACAAGGAGUUCAUGCUCAAUGUGACCUUUGAUGCUCCAUUUCGACCAUCCUUAGACACCAAAAGUACUGUCCGGUUUGAUCUCUGUGGGGAUGGCAUCGGUCGCUACAAUAUCUUCAACUACCACAAAGCCAAUGGGAGGUACCGUUAUCAGAAAGUGGGCUACUGGGCCGAAGGGCUCAUUCUAAACACAAGCCGCAUCCCCUGGGUGAAGACCUCCAUCCCGGUUUCCCAGUGCAGUGACCCCUGCAAGAAGAAUGAAAUGAAGAGCAUGCAGCCUGGGGACAUGUGCUGCUGGAUAUGCAUCCCUUGCCAGCCUUACGAGUACUUGCUGGAUGAGCUCACUUGCCGAGACUGUGGUCUUGGCUACUGGCCCAAUGAGACACUAAACGGGUGCUAUGAGCUACCCCAAGAAUACAUUCGCUGGAAGGAUGUCUGGGCUAUUGGGCCGGUCACUAUUUCUUGCCUCGGUUUCCUCUCCACUCUGUUUGUCUUUGGGGUCUUUGUUAAGAAUAAUGACACCCCCAUUGUGAAGGCCUCUGGUCGUGAACUGUGUUACAUCCUGCUCACUGGAGUAUUGAUGUGCUACAGCAUGACUUUCAUCUUCAUUGCCAAGCCCUCUACAGUGGUGUGUACUUUGCGUCGGCUAGGCCUGGGCACCUCCUUCGCUGUCUGCUACUCUGCCCUCUUGACCAAGACAAACCGCAUUGCUCGGAUCUUCAGUGGGGUGAAAGAGGGGGUGCAGCGCCCACGAUUCAUAAGUCCCACCUCACAGGUGGUCAUCUGCAUGGCUCUUAUUUCUUGCCAGCUAAUUAUUGUUGUCAUCUGGCUCAUGGUGGAGACUCCUGGCACACGAAAGGAGACGGAGCCUGACAAAAGAUACAUCGUCACCCUGAAGUGCAACAAUCGGGACUCAAGUAUGCUAAUUUCGCUUACUUAUAAUGUUCUCUUGAUCGUUUUAUGUACGGUCUAUGCCUUCAAGACUAGGAAAUGCCCUGAAAACUUCAACGAGGCCAAGUUCAUUGGGUUCACCAUGUAUACCACAUGCAUCAUAUGGUUAGCCUUCCUGCCCAUCUUCUAUGUCACCUCCAGUGAUUAUCGGGUCCAGACCACCACCAUGUGCAUCUCAGUUAGUCUCAGUGGCACAGUGGUCCUUGGCUGCCUCUUUACACCGAAGCUACAUAUCAUCCUUUUCCAGCCUCAGAAGAAUGUAGCCAGCCAUCGUGUUUCCACCAAUCGUUUCAGUGUGACGGCUGCAGGGUCUAGCCACUCCCAUGGAUCAUCUUCCCAGUACGUCCCAACAGUGUGCAAUGGCCGUGAAGUGGUGGACUCCACAACAUCAUCUUUGUGAACAUCUACAUUCUCUAUCAGUGAAUGUCUGUUGCCCCUGUGCUCACUCCUUAGGAACACAUGCCUCCGACUUUCCAAUUAGGCCUUUCUUUUCCUUUUACAGUUUCCUGAGACUCUCUGCUGGACAAAUGUUGUCCAAGGGAAGGAAACAGGUUCAUGAAACCUGAGAUCAAACUUUUACCCCCAAGGUCCAGCAUCAGCCCAGAAAUUUGGACACCAUUGGAGUUGAAUAUGUAAAUAACCCAUGUUGUUACCUUAACACUAUGGAUAUAGGACUGGACAAUGUUGAUUUCCUAUAUAAUUACUUGGGCAACAAGGUGAUGCCCUAUAAAGCAUCUAGAUAUGUAUUAAUCUUCCUGCUUUUCUCCAAACACUUGAAAUGGAAUGGUCAGUGGUUUUUGCCCUUCCACAUCCUCUCAAAAUUCUUCUCAACAUACAACACUUCUACUAAUUGAGGAAGGGGAGGGUCUGACUAGGCAACCACUCUGAAAGAAGGAAUACCAAGAAAUCCAUGGUGCUAACUACUGAAGAGGUGGGGCAGAAUCUCCUCCCUUUCAAAACCUGGUGACACACAGAGAGAUAUUUUCAAUAACUUAAACUGAAAUAAUUGUGCUCUCAUGUUUGCCUGACGUUUUGCAAGCUUAGUCCAGGAAAACAUCUUCCUAAAAUUGAUGAACAAAACUCUGACCACAUCCGUGAAGGAAAGCAAAAGCACAAUGGGUUUUUGCACCAAGCCUCUGGGUGUUCCCAGACCAUCUGAGAUGUAGAAAGAAGGGGGGACCAUCAAGUGAUGAGGAAGUUUUUUUUGAAUGAGAGCUCUUUACAGUACGAGCUACAAUGGUAAAUACAGUGAUGGGGCUUCUUGACAUUCUGAACCUGAAUAGAGGGAUGAGACAUUGGUUGUUGUGGGUUUUUCGGGCUCUUUGGCCGUGUUCUGAAGGUUGUUCUUCCUGACAUUUCGCCAGUCUCUGUGGCCGGCGUCUUCAGAAGACUGGAGACAUUUUACCAACAUAUGCUCAUAGGGUCAAGUUCAUCCUUUGCCCUAUAGUUCUCUUGGAUUCAUUUGUGGAAAUUACUAGAGCCUUCUUCUUCAGCCAGGAAGAAAAAAUUAUCCAUUGGCUUCCUCAAACACAGGCCUUUUGGACAGACAGACUGCAUCAGGGGAAGAAAAGAGUUCAAGAGAACUCCAGUGUACCUGAAUGGAAUGAAGUGCUUGGAAGCUGAAUGUCUUUCGUUCAAAAAGGAUGUGUAUACUGCUCAGUUCUUAUGUUGACAUUUUUUGGAGGAGCUGCUAAUUAUCAAUUUUCUCAUAUUUGCAUAUUACCACAGCAACCUAACAUCUACACUUGCUUCUUUGGCCCCUAGAGCAGUACAUGGCCAGAUCCCUAAUGGGGAUGGGGUGGGGGGAGUCCAAGCCAGGCUCCUUGAAAUCAAAGGAAACUACACAGAGCUAGAGAGGAAACUCACUUAUCAAUAUGGGGCAGGAAAAAAAUCAAGCAGGGAGGGUGCACCUACUUCUUUGCACUUUUAUUUAUGUAUAGCCUGUUUUCAGCUGGUCUCCUCUGGCUACUGUUGAACAUUCUUCUGAAUGCUCUGUGUAGGCAGCUGGCCAAAACUGUUAAUAUUGUUUUGCUUAAUGAAAAAGGCCGCUCUGCUGCCAUCUGUCUUCCCCUGUGUUACUUCUGUUCCAGCCAACUUCUGCAGACAGGAGUAUGCAUAGAGAAGCUGUACUCCUCAUGCCUGUAACUAGCUAGUGGGAAGCAUGGUGACACACUACGUCGUUUCUGUGCUCUACAUGAGAUCUUCUUAUGAUUUCACUAGCAAUAGUAUCUCUGUGAGGACUUCCUACAUCCGCAAGCAGGAGCUGUAAAUUUUGCUAUAACACAUAAGAUUUAGUGAGCAGCUAAUCUAACAAACAUCACCACAUUUCUUUCGGUAUAUAAAGGUAAGUUGGCUUGACUCUGAAAGAUUCCAGCUCAAAUGGAAUAAUUCCAAUUGAAUAACAACUCUAGCAUAACUAUUAUCACUGUAAAUUUCAGUGGUGAAUUGGUGCUAGUUAAGAAAUUAGUGUUUGCAUUCUUUUCCACAUCUUAAGUCAUACCUCUGGUGUUCGAUUAAAAAAACACAACUUCUGGCUUCUUACCAAGCAUCAGUUCACCUAUGAAUUUUAUGGUGAUGGAUUUAAUGUCAACAAGCAUAAGUAAUAUGACUCUGGCCACAGCAACCAUAAAAUAUGUAAGUAUGGCCAUACAUCUGCUUUACAAAUGGCACUAGAAGACUUCUGACUGGUCCAAGUAUAUUUGAGUCUGAGUCUUUGGGCUCCAGGCCCACUUUGCCCGUUAUUAUGCUCAUAGUUACCAUCAGAUAUUGUCUAUCUCAAGCAGCUACCGGGGAGGCGGCCACGUGUAGGCUGCAUAAUCAAACUGUAAACCUCCCAGAGCCUGCUUUAAAUGCUAUGAGGCAGUAUAUAAGCAGCACACAUUGCUGUACGUUACAAUUGUUUAGAAAUGAGUGAGGGUGGAAUCUGUCCACAGCAUGAUCUUUUGCCUACCUUGAGAGCAUGAGAAAAAAAAUGCUAUGUGGCUGAUCCCAAAAAUAUGGUAACAUAAAUGGAAAAGUGAUAGGUGAAGGGUUGGCUGAGUGGGUUCAGCUUUGGGUGACCCAAUGGCCUUGAGCAUGGCAGGAGUCCUCUCUCAGGAUGGUAAGUAGAAGUGUGGCUAACAACUUUUGCAAAAGCUUAGGAAGUAUAAAGACACUUCUUGGUCUGAUUAGGAUUUGUGUUGGUU